UACGCUAAAGUCAAAAGGACAUGGUUCCUCCUCAAUCUUUGCUGAGCAACACCGGCACCUGAAACGUCGUAGCCCCAAGUGAAUUCGCAGCUUAAACAACAGGGGUCUUUCUGAAGAACUGGCUCUCCUCGGGCUGAGUUCAACACUCAUCAUGUUCAUGGACCUAGCACAGCUCCUGUUGCCAUGGUGACCGCACUGCUUCCCGGUAGCUCCCCAGGUCUCCUGUCUCCACGGUAACCAGUGCUUUGCGACCUUCAAUUUGCAGCGUCGUGCUGCAGCUGCGGCAGCGGUUGCUGGGUGACGGCGGAGAGAGCGGGUGCCUUGAGGUGGGGACCUGGAGGGGCUUCCGGUAGGGGCGGUUCCGGAGAAGCUUGGGCCCCCAUAUAGCUGGGCUCCGGGCCGCCGGCCCCGCAGCUCGGCUCUACCGAGUCCCAUGGCGGGGGCUGCGGGCGAGGUGCGGGGCUUGGGCUGGACCUGGCGGCCGGUGGCGCGGGACCCGCUGCUGGCGCGGGCCUUCCAUUCAUGCACUGAACUGCGGGGACGGUUCUAUCUGGUGGGGGGGCUCCUAGCUGGAGGAGCGAGAGAGCCGAGCAGCGAAACGGUGGUCUUCGAUCCGGCUGGGGGCCAGGCCGUGCGGGCGGCAGCACUGGGCGGCCCGAGGCGCAGCCACCACGACGCGGCGCCGGUGGGCGGUCGCUGGCUCUGCGUGGUGGGCGGCUGGGACGGGUCGCGCCGCUCGGCCACUGUGACCGCUUUGGACACGGACCGCGGUGUGUGGGAGGAGUGGACCGCCGGCUCCGGCAGCUGCCCCCCCGCCGGCCUCAGUAGUCACACCUGUACCCGAAUCUCCGACCGAGAGCUGCGGGUAGCAGGCCGGGAGGGCGGGACCCGCACUCAGCGUCGUUACGGAAGCGUCUACACGUUAAGGCUGGACCCUGGCGCCCGCACCUAUUGGCCUGAAUUUCACAGCUAUAAGGAAGAAGGCUGCCACACUGUUUCACGCUCGGGUCACUGUGCUGCUUUGCUCCAAAGUCCUGGGCCCCACCCAGGUCACCAGCUAUUACUCUUUGGGGGCUGCAACUCAGCUGAACCAGAAGUAGCUGGGCAUUGGAGUCAUGGGAAGAUUAAGGAGGAACCACCUGUUGCCCCCCAUUUGAUGGAAAAGCUUUCAAGGCUCCUGAGCAGCGGGCAGGGGUCCCAGCAGGGGCCUCGAGGCCUGCGCCAUCACUCAUGUUCUGUGGUUGGUCCUUUUGCUGUCCUGUUCGGUGGAGAAACUUUGAACAGAGCCAGAGACACCAUCUGCAAUGACCUCUACAUCUAUGAUACCCGAAAGUCUCCUCCUCUGUGGUUCCACUUCCCCUGUGCCGACCGUGGACUAAAACGCGUGGGCCAUCGCACCUGCCUUUGGAAUGAUCAGCUCUACCUGGUUGGGGGUUUUGGUGAGGAUGGCAGGACAGCUAGUCCACAGGUUUGCAUUCUAGACAUCUUUAUCUAAAGAAUAGUGCCAAGAUACACUGCCAAGCCUCUGUUUUGUUGCAAACUCAAAGCAUUAUCACAGAGCUAUCUUCAUUUCAAAUGCUGAUUAAAUUGCAACCUGAGAGUCAACACUGUCUCUGAAUCUUUUGGUGGGGAGGGAAGUAAAUAAGGAGAUGCAUCUUUAUUUGCAAAGGAAAGGAUAAAAUAUAAGACCUAGUCUGAUACUGUGAGCCAUUAACCUGAUAGAACCAAAACCACAAAUCAUAUGGUUAUCCAUGCCCCAUGCAAAUUCUACCCAUCAUAUUGGGUUGAAAGGUUGAGGCUAGAGCUACGCAUUCUGACCAAAACAUUUAAUUAACAAAAAAAUAUUACAAUAGCAGAGAAAA